UCCGCCCCCUCGUCCUUCUCCGGGCCCGGGCCCCUGGGAAAUUCGCAGCGGGGCAGGCUGAGCCGUGGCGGGAAGAGCACCCGAGGCGAGAGGAGGACGCGAGACCCUGAAACAGGGGAAAGUGACGAGCUGCUCUUCGUAGUCGGCCCGACGAGUACGCGGCCACCCUCCCGCCUGCCAGCCGCGAUCCCCCAUCCGCUGAGAUGUCAGCCGCCGGCGUCCGGGGCCUGAGGGCCUCCUACCACCGGUUCCUUGAUAAAGUAGAGCUCAUGCUGCCUGAGAAACUGAGACCGCUGUACAACCACCCGGCAGGUCCCAAAACAGUUUUUUUCUGGGCUCCAAUUAUGAAAUGGGGGCUGGUGUGCGCCGGCUUGGCCGACAUGGCUAGACCUGCCGAGAAGCUCAGCACCGCCCAGUCCGCCGUGCUGAUGGCCACAGGGCUUAUUUGGUCGAGAUACUCACUUGUAAUUAUCCCAAAAAACUGGAGCCUGUUCGCUGUCAAUUUCUUUGUUGGGGCAGCGGGAGCCUCUCAGCUUUUCCGUAUUUGGAGAUAUAACCAAGAGCUAAAAGCUAAAGCAAACAAGUAAGAGUCCCUGAUCAUCCCAAUACCCCUGAUGUGGACACAACCGCUUGGACUGCGUUUGAUUUAUUAUUUGGUUAUUGGUAAGGCGAUGCCAACUGUGUUAACGGUUGAAACACAUGAAGAGCACCGUAACUUAACUGGGAGCUAGUGCCUGACUCAGCAGAAAAAUAAAGCAAAUUUUUAAUAACUGUC